CCCAACCGUUUUACUGACCCACACUACCAACUAUAUCGUAUAUCGAUAUUCCUUUCCCCCAAUCCUCGAGGAGUAAACCUCUCCACAUUAAAGACAAAAAUCACCUGGCAGAAGGUUAAAAAUGCAAAAAACCCAAUGAAAUGGAGAAUAAUGAAUCAAAAGUAAAUUUAAACGCCGUAAUCGGGGAACGUCGAAUGACGAGAUCCGCGGCCGGCAGGGGGCGUAGGGGUGAGGCGUCCCAGGUCGUCAUCAUGCGAACUCCACCCCGCAACAAUGUAGAAAACAACAACGAAGCGGACCACCAUAUAAAUUCUGAAAGCUCGCAACCAGACACACUUGUCAAUAGGAUUGCUGCUGAAGAACUUAAUGUCACCAAGAAUCGUCGAUUAAAAUGGAGCAGAGAAAUGAACCAAGAAAUAGUUAAAACAUUUCUGCUAAUUAAUGACUGUAGAGACGAUCCGCUUCCAGGCUGGAGACAAAAAUUACAUCGGGAAUUUACUAAGCUGUACCCAAACUUAGAACUAUCUGAGCAAAAUGCGGCCGAUAGACUGCGUGCUAUAUACUCUAGAAAACUUUUAUCAGUAUUAGAUAUAGAUGAGCUGCGCCGUGAAGCUGGCAAUCAAAUAUAUAACCAGCAAAUAAUAGAAAGUGUCCAAACUAACAUGCAUGAAGAAUUACCAGAAACAGAACAUCAAGAGCAAGAUCGGGCCAUCGGGUAUGAUGGAAGAUUAUGGAACGUAGCAGGGGGCGGUAAAAAGAGGUGGCUGAUAGCUUUGACAAAAUGGGGAAUGAGGGAUUGA